UUUGAACACUCCGAUAGAACUCACUGCUUCUGUUUCGAAUUUCAUCGACAAAAGCCGUAAUUUCGAUCCAUCAAAUGGCUCUCGCUUCUCGCUUGCUUUCCAAAUCCACUCGCCAGUUAUGCGCUAGUCAGGUUGUCCUUCGCCCCAAGCAUGCAAUUCCAAUUCGUUCCUUUGCCAAAGAAGCUAUUGCUCCCACUGCACUGAAGGGAGAUCAGGUGUUGAAGGACAUCUUUUAUGAGGUUAAGAACAAGCUCGAGACAUUAAUUGGUGUUCUACAAAAGGAGAAGAUCAACAUAGAUCCAGAAGAUCCUGCUGCUGUAUCUGAGUAUGCCAAAGUCAUGAACUCUGUAAGCCAAAAAGCUAAUCUCUUAUCAGAGUCUCAAACAAUUAAGUUCAACAUUGAAGUAGAAACUCAUGAAAUUCCAGAUGCUCGGACUUAUUUAUUGAAACUGAAGGAGAUGCGUGUCAAGAGGGGCCUUAUCGAUGAGCAAGGUAUAGAGGAUCUGCAGAUGGCAGCACUGGAUAAAGUUGAGAAAGAAAUCAAAAAGCCACUAAUGAGGAAUGACAAAAAGGGAAUAGCUCUUCUAACAGCUGAGUUUGAUAAGAUCAACCAGAAGCUUGGCAUUCGUAAGGAAGAUCUGCCUAAAUACGAAGAACAGUUAGAGCUGAAGAUUACAAAGGCACAAUUAGAAGAACUGAAAAAGGAUGCUCUUGAAGCAAUGGAAACUCAGAAGAAUAGGGAGGAGUUCAAGGAUGAGGAGAUGCCCAGCGUGAAGUCUCUGGACAUCAGAAACUUCAUUUAAAAAUGAUAUUUUCUUCAAGACUUAUUUUUCUUUUGCACCUUGUUGAUCUCCUGCUAGCCUUGAACAUAAAUUUUCUUAUACCUAAACGUGUAGUUGUAACAGACAUCCAAGAGGCUGCCUUCUGAAUAAUAAGAGGUCUGACCAAGAAUUU